CUAAACGGUGAGAAAAUUCGUGAAGCCAAAGUACAAAGGGAUCUGGGAGUGCUAGUCGAGGAUUCUCUAAAGGUUGCACAGAGACGAGAGGACUACUGGUUGGAAUUGGGUUUUCAGCCAUGUUUGGGGAACACUGAAUGCUGAGCACAGUCCAGAGAUCACCUUUGAUGUGUGAUGUUUGGUGGAGCCCGACAUGUCAGCAGCAACAGCCCAGCUACUGGCCUCUGUUGGAACAGUCAUCACUUCAUCCCCAGAGGCUAUGAAACCCAAUAAGCGUGGCCGUGUGACUAACCAGCUCCAGUACAUGCUGAAAGGAGUGGUAAAAACACUGUGGAAACACCAGUUCGCUUGGCCCUUCCAUGUCCCAGUUGAUGCUAAGAAACUUAACUUGCCGGAUUUUAAGUCAUUUCCUGAAAAAUCUCACUUCCAGGAUUAUCAUAAAAUUAUCAAGCAACCUAUGGAUAUGGGGACAAUAAAGAAACGGUUAGAGAGCAAUUAUUACUGGAGUGCAAGUGAGUGCAUGCAGGAUUUCAACACCAUGUUCACCAACUGCUACAUCUAUAACAAGCCUGGCGAUGACAUUGUGUUGAUGGCGCAGACUCUGGAGAAGAUCUUCCUGCAGAAGGUUGCUCAGAUGCCUCAGGAGGAGGUGGAGCUGAUGGCUUCAUUGCCAAGGGGCAAAAGUCGAAAGCAGACAGGAGUGCAGCAGGUAGCAGCAGUGUCUUCAGCCAGUGAACCAACUGCCUUCUCAGGAGCCUCGACCACAGCCUAUCCUUCUCCCAUCAUCGUCUCCACGGCAGUGCCAACAGUUUUGCUCAGCCAGGUCACAGCAGCUCCUGCUCAAUCCUCCAGCUCAAUGAUGCCAGUAACUGCUCCAGCCACACAACUAAUCACCAAGAAAAAGGGUGUGAAACGGAAAGCAGACACUACAACUCCCAGCACGUGUGCCAUGACUGCGAGUGAGUCCCCUCCUGCAGCCUCAGCAGAACCCAAACCUUGCAAGCUGGCAUCCCGACGGGAGAGUGGGUGUCUCACCAAACAAACAAGGAAGGAAGUGGAGGAGGUGGAACUCCAGCCAUCCGUGGGGAAGAAGGGGAAACUGACGGAGCACCUCAGGCACUGUGACAGCAUCCUGAAGGAGCUGCUAUCCAAGAAACAUGCAGCCUAUGCAUGGCCUUUCUACAAACCUGUCGAUGCUGAGGCCUUGGAACUGCACGAUUAUCAUGAAAUCAUUAGGCACCCAAUGGAUCUCAGCAGUGUUAAAAAAAAGAUGGACAGUCGUGAUUAUCAGGACCCCCAGGGAUUUGCUGCAGAUAUCCGUUUAAUGUUUUCCAACUGUUACAAGUACAACCCUCCGGAUCAUGAAGUGGUGGCAAUGGCCAGGAAACUGCAGGAUGUUUUUGAAAUGCGGUUUGCAAAGAUGCCGGAUGAGCCUGCUGACAUCUCCCUGCCUCUCCCAACCGUCUCCAAGCCCAAAGUGUCGUCGAGUGACAGCAGCCACGAAUCCUCAUCCAAUUCCAAUAGCUCGGAUUCAGAAGAGGAGCGAGCGAAUCGAUUGGCGGAAUUGCAGGAGCAGCUGAAAGCUGUUCACGAGCAGCUGGCAGCUCUGUCCCAGGCUCCUGUCAGCAAACCAAAGAAGAAGAAAGAGAAAAAGGAGAAAAAAAAGAAGGAAAAACACAAAGUGAAAGUGGAGGAGGAGGACAAGAAAUUCAAGACCUCUCAGGCGACCAAGCAAGCACAGUGCAAGAAACACAGCAGCAAGAAGCCCGGCAGUGCAAACUCACUGACCAGAUCUCUGAAGCAAGUUACAAAGCUACCCCUGCUUUACGACUCCCAAGAGGAAGAGGAAGCUCAGCCAAUGUCAUAUGAUGAGAAGCGUCAGCUGAGUCUCGACAUCAACAAACUUCCCGGUGAAAAACUGGGUCGGGUGGUGCAUAUCAUUCAGUCGAGGGAGCCUUCCCUAAGGGACUCCAACCCUGAUGAGAUUGAAAUAGACUUUGAAACACUGAAACCCACAACUCUCCGAGAGCUUGAACGAUACGUCAAAUCCUGCCUACAGAGAAAGCAAAGAAAAUCAUAUAACACAUCGCCCGACAUGUUCAGCGGUAGAGAUGGUGAAGACCAGCACACUCUGUGGGAUUCCAGCAGUAACCGACCCCCAUUACCAGCUACACCUUCAAAGAAACCGACUGGGAAAGCGAAGGACGAUCUUACUCUGGAGAAGAAGACCGAGCUGGAGAAACGUUUACAGGACAUGAGUGGACAUCUUAAUCAUAGAAAGAAACCCAACAAGAAAGGGGAGAAGACAAACCUCAGGCAGGGAAGGGGUCCCUCCCGUCUCAGUGGCAGCAGCAGUUCGUCUUCUGACUCGGGCAGCACCAGCUCCAGUGUCUCCAGUUCCUCAGACACCAGUGAAUCUGAAUAGACCUUUGAAUCUGGGCUCUUAAAGAGUAUAGUUUUGGCACAGAGUUCUUCCGGCUGCUGGCCCACAUGUUCAAAUUUCCUUACCUCACCAGAUUUGAAAGUUGUGCUGUGAUUUGAUUUGAGGAAUGAACCCAAUGGGAGAGACCCUGACAAGCACAUUCCAUUGCUGAUCAUUCACUCAGCUAAAAGCUGAAGGAAAUAGCCAGUGUCGAGCACACAGGGACUGGCUGAGUGCAAGUGAAAGAGCAUGUUAACCCAUGUGUAUAUACCUAAUUUAUUAACAACCUGGACAAAUAAAUCAACUCGGGACCAAUGAGGAAGCUGCCAGGCAGGAUUCCGAUCAUGUGUGUAGCCUGGCUUAUGCUAGAUUCUUGGUGUUUGUACUGCUCAUGUUACUGUGGGUGCUGAGAUUUACAGAUUCAAUUUGUUGUGUUUCUUAAACAUUUUUAACAUUCUAUAUAGGGUGAAGGGAGGAAUGGGAUGAGUAGGAGUCAAUUGUACAGACAAAAGUGUUGAAACUUUAGAUUAUAGGAUUUGAAUAAGUCAGUUUCCGAUUUCUACAAAGGCCGCUCUGAAAUAAACGAUGGGAUUUGGGGAGUCCCACUUGGCCUUAGUACUAAAAGAGACUUGGAAUUCUGGUUGUUUAUUGUCGGAUCAUUUGUGGAAGACUUAGUACUCUAAGUUAGAUAGAACAUCUUGAGCUUUUCCAUUGUUAGCCUUCUGAUGUUUGUAUUCUAAUCAGAGAUGAGGAGUGAAGUUCAGACAUCUUUGAGACAGCGACAUACUGGUGGCUAUCGGCUGCUCAGCCCCCUCGCUGCAAAAACACUCAGCGGACUGUCCCCCUCUCUCACUGUCAGUCCAUUCUCUUGCUGUAAGCAUGUUUCUCUCUCUCACACACUGGCGGCAUGGUGGCAGUGGUUAGCACUGCUGCCUCACAGCGCCAGAGACCCGGGUUCAAUUCCUGCCUCAGGCGACUGUGAGGAGUUUGCACACACUUCCCAUCUCUGGGUGCUCCGGUUUCCUCCCACAGUCCAAAGAUGUGCGGGUCAGGUGAAUUGGCCAUGCUAAAUUGCCCGUAGUGUUAGGUGAAGGGGUAAAUGUAGGGGAAUGGGUGGGUUGCGCUUUGGCGAGUGGGUGUGGACUUGUUGGGCCGAAGGGCCUGUUCUACACUGUAAGUAAGUAAUCUAAUCAAAGUAAUUAUUCUGUCACUCACACUCCUUCUGUCACUCACUGUAAACUCAUUCUUUCCUUCCCUGAGGGUAAGCUAACUCAUCUCUCUGUCAUUGCAAACUCACUCAUUCUCUCUCUCUCUCUCUCUCUCUCAUAUGUGGCAAACACUCAGUCUCUCACUGUCUUUUCCCCCAGUGUUUCUGAUCUUCCACGCUCAUUGACCAUGGCCUGUUGUUCAUUUAAUAAUUGCUGCAACCUUCCUUGUUCAAUAGUUACUCAAUUCAUGAAUCUAUUUCUGGUUUCUUUCUUUAGCUGUUUCUUGAUACUCAAACAGCUUUAUCAUGACUUGCACUACAUCAUAAAUCAGAAGUGAGGAUGUGCAAUCCCCUUCAACAACAUUGGGGACCAUUUGUGAUGACUCAGAUACUGAUGCAGUCUAUAUUCAAAUGCAGCAUGACCUGGACAUUAUCCAGGGUUGGGCUGCUAAUGACAAGUAACAUUUGUGCCACACAAAUACCACACAAUAGCCAUCUCCAACAAGAGAGAAUCUAACCAUCACCAUUUGAUAUUUAAUGAUAUUAUCAUCACUGAAUCUCACACUAUCAACAUCGAGGUGUGUAGUUACUAUUCUCCAAAAGCUGAAUUGGACCAGCCAUAUAAAUACUGUGGCUACAAGAGCAGGUCAAAGGUUGGACUGCAGCAAAUAACUCACCUCUUGACCUCCCAAAGUUCAUCCACCAUUUGCAAGGCACAAAUCAGGAGGGUUAUGGAAUAUUCCUGAUUUGCCUGAAUGGUGCAUCUCCAACAACACUCAAGCAUCUUAACAUCACCCAGGACAGGAUUCCCACUUGAUUGGCACUUCAUCCACCACCACGGCUCAGUAGCAGCAGUGUGUACUAUCUACCAAAUGCACUGCAGAAAUUCACCAAAAAUCCUUGGACAGUCCCUACCAAACCCAUGACCAUGUCCACCUUGAACAACAAGGGCAGUAGAUGGGAACACUACCCCCUGCAAGUUUCCUUCCAAACCACUAUUCUGACUUGUAACUAUAUUGCCAUUCCUUCAGUGUCACCAAAUCGAAAGCUUAGAAUUCUUUCCCUAACAGAAUUGUGGGUGUCUCUGGACACAACAAUUGCAGUAGUUCAGAGGGAUUGGCAAUAAAUGUUGGGCCAGGCACAAUACCAACAUCCCUUGAAUUAAUGAUUUUUGAAAAAAAAAGGUUGAAUAUAGGUGGAUUGAAAGAAGCAUUGCUAACCAACUUCCCAGCUUAGCAAACAUACCCACAACAAUGGCCAGCGUUGCUGAAUUUUGAGUUGCAGCGGUUCAGAUAUUCUUGGAUUUGGACCCAAACUGAUGGAUCAUUGCAGGUUUUCCUGAGUUCUGAACCUUGUCCUUCUCUGAAACUUAUCUUCAACAAAUUCCACUUGGAGCUUUACAGUAAUUCUGAAUAAAUUUGACUGCUCUUUAUAAUUUUAAAUUCUGUUUGUUGGAUACAUUAAGUAUAAGUUGAUAUGCGUGAUGUUUACUGUACAAAGCUUUGUGUUGGCACUGGAUGCCUGAAACAAGAAAUUUACUUAAUAUCAAGUGAAUGUUUAUUAAUCUUUUUUUCGAUUGAUAUUGCAAAGCGAAGAAUCUGAGGUUAGCAUUGUGGGAAUUGCAGGUUUCGUAAUAAAAUUCAAAAUGUUAUUUACAAAUGUAAUUUUCUGGCUGCUUCCCCCUCCUCACCUUUACAUUUUGCUCCUCCCAUUUCCUUCUCCUUCAUUCCCUCCCACUUUACUCUCAACUUCUGGACUCUCACCCAGCCCACUGUCUCCCUCACCUCCUCUGUCUAUCUCUCAGCUGCUUCAGCAAACCUUCUCUCUCCAGUUCCUCGGCACAGAUCUCUACUUCUCUGUCCUCCCUCAGCCCCCAUCUUUCUGCCUCUCUCUCUUCCCUCAGCCCUUCCUUUGCUCCCUCAGUUGCCUCUCGCUCACUUUGAUCCCUCAGCCCUCCCCCCCCCCCCCCUUCCCCAGCACCUUUAUCUUAUCCUUCAGCCUAACCCCUU